AUAACAACCGUCGUCGUUGAUUAUACUUAAUGGCGCAAUUCGUACCCUCACCUGCAUCUGUGAACCCAGAAGCCACAGGCCACGCACCGGACGAUGCAGACGCUCAAACGAGAUUGCCAUCUAUCUGUGUAGACUACCUAAGCCACGAUUGGGAGGAGGAAGAUGUCUGGACUUCUUGGAGAUCAAUGACGAGACAUAAAAAUGAUAUAGCCAACGGUGUGAGAUUAGAAAACGCUAGCUGGAGAACCUGGUGGAAGCAGCGGAAUAAACUGAAGACGAUCAGCCCAGAAACUUUGAAUUGGCUCAAAGAUAGUGACGUUACCUGGUUGUACGGUCCUUUACACACUGCAGUCGAUCCAGUACCUCAACCGAAAGCAUCCACCCUGGAAGAUCAUAUCGAUUUAGAUCAAGGACAUGGUACAAAACCAAUUUUAAAACAUCGCACUAUAUCAGAAUUACUCACGAUGCCUAAUCAAUCAUCACCUUCUAUAGAAGCUAUACCUGAUGAUGAGCAAUCAGAUGUACCUUCUGACUAUCAGUCUGAUGCGUCCGUUUCAUCAGCAGCUUCACCAAUUGAAUCAAAAAGACCGAAAUUCCCCAACUCUCAUUCUGAACCACUCAUUAAGACUGCUUUACAUAACAGCGACACUAUCAAUCAACACAAUAAUGAUUUGGAUACUGCCUCUCCCGCAUCUAAGUUAAUGUCCCCAAAUGCAACCAAUUCAGAUGGCGAUGCCAGCAACACUAGCUCAAUGGGCAGCAAAAGACACAUCACUUUCAACAGCUUCGUAGAACAAAGGAUAUCGCUAGAUGAACCAGAGCGUAUAGCAGACGAAGCGUUGGCUUCAGAUGAGGAUGAGGUGUCUAGUGAAGAUGAGGGAUUGACGUUUAGAAGUAGAUCAUUAUCAAACAACACUUCGAAAUCGAGAACGAGGUCAUCAAGUGCAGCGUCAGAUUUAUCCUCGAUUCCUGCACCUGAUCAUAUUACAAUCGCGGAGAUUGAACCAACAACGUUGAAAAUUAAUCCUCAUGGAUUAGACGAGGACGAUUCUAGUUUCGAUAUAAUCCAACCUCCUAAUGAUAGUAAUCCAGACUACGUACCAACUGCACGUAGAUCCUCAUUUUACAAUAAUUCAUCAGAUGAAGACGAUGAUCAGGAACAAUCAACGGCCGCAUUUAGGUCUGAGGCACCACCAUUAGCGUCACCCGCACAUGGCUUCCUCCCUCAAGCUUGGGAAGAUAAUGACGAGUUUGACUACUUUAGUGGUAAAUUUGAUGACUUUGAUGACGAUGAAGAUAAUAAGGUCAUCGAGGACAUCAGUAAACAACCAGUACAAGCACACCACCAACCGAACGUGCGUAAAGGUGUCCUUAAGAAAUCUCCAAGCUAUGAUAGAAACGUUGCCACAAUUGGUGCAGUUCCUUCCACCGCUGUUGGUCCUGAACCUUCUGAAGAACGCGGUAGACGUCUCUAAGCGAGCAUUUUGAAGGAGAUUUUCACAUGUAGAGCCAUAAGGAUACCUACAAUCUCUAAUAAUGGAUAUUUAUAUAUUAAAAAAAGGGGUAAACUUUACUAGUAAGAAUACCGGAUUAAAGUUUUCAUCUGAACAAUUUAUGAUCUAUAUAAUUCUCUUAAAUCCUAUUUGUUUUAUGUAUUUUCAAUUUUUAAGCAG